GACCAGCAAGUCAGAAUCCUCUUUCCACACACACACACACACACACACACAAAACAGCGGCAGCCAGAGAAUAUAAAUAGCAAAGGUACCAACUCCGUAUCCACGUAUCUCCAUUGGAAGUCUCUCUGUCUCUCUCAUCCUCUCUCUGUAUCUGAGUCUGUGUCUCCCUCGCAAAGCAUAAACCCAACCUUGGCUUGAAUCUUUGACAAACAUAUCUGUGUCCGGCGCUUAAGAGGAACACAAACAAGCCAAACUCUGUCCUGCCAUCACUUGUCUCUUCCGCAUCGCCAUCGGACAUAUAUACAUAUAUAUAUAUAUAUAUAUAGAGAGAGAGAGAGAGAGAGAGAGAUACAGGAGUGUCCCUUUGGGGAGCCCAGCUGACAAGCAGAGACAUAUACAUACAUAUAUAUAGAGACACAUAGUGAUUGUUGGGUUGUGCAAAGAGAAGGAGAAGAGAGAAGGAGGAGGAGAAGAAGGUUUGGUAUUGAAAAUGGGAGAAGGGAGAGAAGGGGACUGGGAAUGUAGCGGAUGCAGGAACAGGAACUACGCCUUCAGAUCCUUCUGCAACAGGUGUAAGCAGCCUCGCCUUCUCGUCGACACCAAAACCCCUGCCGAUUCCAAAUGGCUACCCCGCAUCGGCGAUUGGAUCUGCACCGGUUGCACUAACAACAAUUAUGCAUCAAGAGAAAAGUGCAAAAAGUGCGGGCAACCAAAGGAGGUAGCGGCAAUGCCAGCGAUUGGAAUGCCUGGAGCUUCUCUCCCAACUUAUUCACAUUAUUUUGCCAGGGCCCAGGGAGGACUGGAACAAAAGAUGAAUAUUGGAUUAAUUGGCAAUGGUGCUCCCCAACAAUCUCUUCCUAGCUGGCCUGUAGCAGGUGCUGAUAAGUAUGGAAUUCAGCCAUCGCCUUCUUGGUCCUUUGUUGGAAACCAUAAUCCUGUUCUUCCGUACUUAAGUCCUGCUAAUCAGCUUCUUAAUGUUCCCAAAGGAUGGCGCAGUGGCGACUGGAUAUGCAACUGUGGUUUCCACAAUUACUCUUCCCGUGUACAGUGCAAGAAAUGCAAUGCUUUUCCACCAGCACUUGGAACAAAGAGAUUAGCAUCUGACGAGUUUGUUCAUGACUGGGACAACAAGAGGUUGAAUGUAGGACAUACAAAUGGACAGGAGCAAUCAUACCCAGGUUUUGAGUCUCUGGUAGGCACCCCUGUUGACUCCAAAACUGGAGCCUAUGCUCCAUAUCCCAAUAUGAGCACAGGUGUGGCUCCAAGUUUACAAGUUCCCAUCCCAUUGCAACAUCAGGCAACUGCACCCACACUUCUUGGAAAAGGCAGUGCAAAGCAAUGGCGUGAUGGGGAUUGGAUGUGCACAAAUUGCAACAACCAUAAUUAUGCCUCUCGAUCGCAUUGCAAUAGGUGCAAGGCUCAAAGAGACAUGCUGGCGCAGCCAGUGAAUGUGAUGUAGCACUAGCAGUGACAAUACCUUAAAAGACCGUUUGUAUCUUUGGAACCUGUUGUUGAGUUGUCUUUCAGAUUAUAGUUUUUGUAAUAUGCUAGCGGAAUGACAAAGGGGGUUGUUUACAAGUUUUUUCUUUUGACGACCAUUUUAAUAGAUAAUUUAGCGAUAAAAGUUGAUAUUUGUAUGGGGGCAGAGGAUGUAAUUAAACAACAGUAUGAUAGUUUCAGUUUGAUAGUAAAAGCGUGGGUGUGUCUUGUGUUCGAGUAUUA